AUGUGGGCACGUUUCCAUCGCCGAGCUUGCACUACGCUGCUGAAGCUGCCGCGUCCUCCUCGCGGACAGGGCCUCCUGCCCCUCCUGGGGCUUGGGGCUGGAGCCAGUGCUUUUGUUUUGAAGCAGCCGUCGAGAUCACCUUGCGCAGCAGAGGAGCAGCAGAAGGUGGCAUUGAUUACGGGGAGUUCCAGUGGCAUUGGCAAGGCUGUAGCCCAGCGCCUCGCGGCCGAAGGCUACCGGGUGGUUGUGAACAGUCACAGCACGGUGGAAGAAGGGACAGCUCUGGCAGCUGCGUUGCCAGGAGCAUUGUACAUACGUGCAGACUGCAGCAAACGAGAGGGCUGCGAGGGCUUGAUCGAGGAGGUUGUCAAGCGAUGUGGCCGGCUUGACCUGUUGAUAUGCAAUGCCGGCGUCGGCAAGGUCAUACCACACGAGAAGCUCGAGCUGAUCGAUGAUGAGUACAUCUACAAGAUCUUCGCUUUGAAUUGCUUUGGACCGCUAUGGCUUAGCCGUGCUGCUAUGCCUUAUCUGAAGCGAGAACCAGAUGCGUCGAUCGUGAUGAUCGGAUCAGUGGCUGGAGUUCGACCAAUGGGCAGCAGCAUCCCAUACAGCAUGACACGCGCUGCCAUGCAUCAGCUCACCAAGCUGUUGGCGAAAAGCUGCGGGCCUGUUCGGGUCAACUGCGUGGCGCCCGGUCUCAUCGAGACCCGGAUUACUGCCGGCAAUGAGUGGGGUGGAAGCUACGACGCGGUAACGCGCUUUACGCCUUUGAAGCGGGUCGGAAAACCAGACGACUUGGCGGAUGCAGUUGUUUGCUGUGCCCGUUCUCAGUACAUGACAGGACAAAUCAUCGUCGUGGACGGCGGGUCAAGUCUGGUUUUCUGA